AUGCAGUGGAAUCAUAUAAUACUAUGGACUUGCUCAGUACCCAUCAUUCACGUAUCAGAGUUUUUUUUUUUGCAACCCUCCUUGAAUAGUAAUAUCUAUCCGUGCGUCUAGUGGAAAUGAAUGACAGUGCUCUCAAGUGCAAUCCUUCUCAUCAAUCUUGCGACAUGGAAAAGCAGCAGUUCUCAGACCUUGAAAAGGUCGACGCACUGAUUCCAGAAUCGGAAGAGGAAGAGAUAUUGGGUCCCAACGAAGUCGCUCUCGAACUGCUUAUCAUCGUCCUUAACUGGACUCUGUUCUCAGCAGUGAUCACGGGUUUAGUCUGGUUCAAUGCGUCACCACUGGAUUCCCCUCAGGCUGUUAACGUUGAUGUCCCUGCGCACGAAUCUCACACGCCUUCGCUGCGUUAUACGCUCUCACACGGACUCUUCUGUAUCGGAGCCUCACUGAGUUUCUGCGUCGUAAUCCUCAUAUCUGUGGGCAAGAUCCUCAUGCGCCAGCACACGCUCACCCUGAGGCACCCGCCUUUUGGCCCUCGUUGCCUGCCCAGGCACAAGGUUGAACGCCUACGCGCAAUACCGGCAUCCAUGCCCGCGUGGUUCAUGAAGCUCUUAAACUCACUGCAGUUUAUCUUUCCACUCAUUCAGUUCGUGGUUACCAUGGUACUACUCGUCAUCGUCUGGUUCUUUUAGUAUCCUACCCUUUCAAGGUCCCUUGCCGGUUGUUCUUCCGCUAUCUCAAUCUGAGAACGAUCAUUCCCUUCUUCUGGCUUUUUGAAAUGUAUGUUUACCAACGUUGUUCUUCACUUCGAGAUUAAAUGAAGCUGGGUCUCGAGUGAUGGUCUUCCCCGUUACGGUCAUGUUUUGUUUCCUUUCAUUGUAGCAAGUAUAUGUUUGAACUUUGAAUUAUGAAUGACGAUAAAAUCAAAUCAAAUACUAUGACUUCGUUUGGAACUUCAGAUAGAUAGGCUUCCAUGAUUGUAGGGGAAUAUCCAAGAGCAGCAUCGCAAAUAUAAGCCCAGCGUUAAAUGAGAUCUCC